AUGGCGGAUACUGUAACGGUCAGAAACGUCAGACUGGUGAAUCCCGCAGGACUGGAGCUCCAGGUCGGAGAUUUUCGCCUAAAUGACCGGCCCAACUCGCUGGAAGGCAAGACUCUGGGCCUAUUGGAAAACUCCAAGGCCAACUCGGACAAAGUUCUGGACGAGCUGGGCCGGAUGCUGCAGGAAAGGCAUGGGCUGAGGGAAGUCCGGAGGUUCAGCAAGCAUUCCGCCUCAUUGCCCACCAAGACGGACGUUGUUGAGGACAUGCUGAACGGAGUGGACGUGCUGAUCACCGGGGUGGGUGAUUGA